GUCGAAGGAAGAUGACGUAAGAUAGUUUGGAACUUUCCCUCUUCGUAAUAAUAAUAUCAAAUAAACAUAUGAUACACAGGUUAUACUUUACAACCAGGUAUCUGCGAGAACUAAACAGGAAGUAAAGGGGAUUUUCGCGUCAUGAUCUGAAGCGAGGUAUUGUAAGAGAUGGAGGAUGAAAACCUGGAAGAUUGCAGUUUGGAGGUCCUUCAGAUCCCAGCUGAGGUGGAUGAUGACCUGCUGUGCCUCUACUUUGAAAACAAGAGGAGGUCCGGAGGAGGAACCGUUAUUUCUUUGGAAAGGAAAGGAGACAAAGCCUUACUGGUGUUUGAAAAUGCAGAAGUCGCAAGGAGCGUUGUGCAGAAAGGCUCACACACCCUUAUGGAUGCCAAACUGAUUGUACGCAAGAAACCUCCAAAGGAUCAUGGGAAACUUGUGCUGCGCGGUCUCUCUCCCAGCACCACACGUGACAUGCUGGAGCUUUACGUGGAGAAUCUGACGGGGCUCGACGCAGAUAACUACACUCUUUACCUGUCUCCGGGGAAAGACCUGGUCCUUAUUCACCUCAACCAGCCUGCACCCGAGGAUUUCAAGAAGAUGUGCAGUAAAGUUUCCAAGCGAGCGCUGGAGGGAGCGAGGCUGAGCCUGGAGCAGGUAGAAUGCACAGAUUCCAUCAUGGUGGAAAACCUGACCCCUGACCUGACCGACGAUCUGCUAACGCUCUACUUCGAGAGCAGCCGCAGUGGAGGUGGAGAAGUGACGGCCGUGAGCAGGGUCUCUCAGCAACUCGCUAAAGUCUCCUUUAAAGAAGUGCAGUCUGUAGACGGUGUACUUCAGAAGACUCACAGCCUGGAGGAGACGGACUUGACUGUGAAACCGUAUUAUUCUUUCUUGCACUCGGAGGAAGGAGCGUCUCAGGCGGAGUUACAGAACGGGACAACUUUGGGUGCAGUGGAUCAGGGUAGCGCUGUAUCGCCUUCGAAUGGCACACACCCUGAUAUCCUCAGUGGUGUAGCGCCACGGCCACCCAGUCAGGAAACUGUCGUCCCAAAACCUGACGUCCAAGUGACUCCAAAACCUGUAAACCUUUCCAGUGCCACCUCGCAGGUCUCUCAACCUUCACCUGCACAGCCCUGUGUUUGCCAUCUCUCUGUCCCUGACCCCACCAAACGCCAGCUGAUCUCUCUCUCAGACCUCCCUAACAAGCUGGAAAAGUCUCACCCCGGUUACACAAUCAGAGUCUCGCAGAAUGGCGUGGAGGUGAAAGGCCCCGUCCAAGACGAAGCCGAGAAACUGAAGAGCGAGCUGCUGGAGUUCCUGAGCAGCGUGUCGCAGGCCCACGUCCCCGUCAGCGCCCUGAAAGCUGACUUCCUCCAGAGACAGGACAUUAGAGACAAGCUGACAGACAAGCUAAGGGGCCAGGGGCUGCCCUGCACAUAUACUGUGACAGGGGGCGUGCUGAUUUUAAGCUCCACCUCUAUGCAGAUGGUGACCCAAGCGCGUGAGGUGAUCAAGGGUGCGGUCAGCGAGUUCGCCCUGCCCGUGGAGCCUGAGUAUGAGUACCUGAUCGCCUCCGAAGAGUGGAGAAGCUUCCUCAUGACUCAGGACACGUGCAGUGCCCAGGCCUCCGCCGAGGGGAACACCGUCUCCGUGGUGACGCUUAAGGAUAGGGAGCAGGAGUUGAAGGAGAGCCUGGAUCGGUUCCUCAGGACGCCUAUUCAGAAAGAGGUCGUAAUCAGCAUGCAGCCUGCCAUGCUCACCUACAUCCAGCUGCACCAUCAACAGCUGCUCAUGGACAUGAGCGAGGUCAUAAUCUUCCCCCUUGACACAGGGGACGGGCUGAGCAUCCAGGGAAACUUAGUGCCGUGUCAGACAGCGGGCGAGGUUUUAUCCGCCGUGGUUAACUCCACCCUCACCAAGAUCAUCACGGUGAGCCAGCCGGGCAUCGCCCGCUUCCUGCUCCAUGACCAGGAGGGGCAGAGCAUCCUGGGAGAGAUGACCGCCAAGUUCCAGGUCUACAUCAGCCUGGAGAGGGUGCACUGGGAGCCCCUGGAGGACGAGGACAUCUUCGCUCUGGCGUGGAAAAUAACAACGAGUCAGAACUUUGCAAGGAGCUCAUCAGUUGAGGGUUUGACCGCCCUGAGGGCCGGCGCACUCUCGUCUACUGAUAAAGACACCUCAGCUCGUCUAGAGGAGACGAAGAAGAUCUUGUCACAGCUGCAGGGGGGGGAGUUGGAUCUGUACUCGGAAGCCCUUGAACAGCCAGAAACCCUGGAAGCGAUUGAAUCCGAGACUCAGCCAGAAGGCCAGAUCAGUCUGGAUGAAGACGCGCGUCUCUCUCUGGCCAUCCAGCUGUCCAUGGAGAUGAAUCAGAACCCAGAACAAUUCGCAGAGGAGGAGCUGCAGAAAGUCCUCCAGCUCUCCAAAGACGAGGUGCCGGCGGACGAGAGCCAGAUGCUGAAGAAGGCGAUGGACGAGUCUCUGCAGGACGCCAUCAGUUCCGCGAACACAGCACAGAUCGAGGUGUUUGCUUCUUACUCACACGACCUGGUGCGUGUCGACAUCGCUCUGGGGAAGAAGGUGGGCCUGAGGCAGUGUGAGGAGAAACUGCAGCACACCAGCUUCAGGAAGCUGUCGGCUUUCCACCGGCGCUGCCUGGACCUCAUUAAGAGGAAGCAUGGCGUAGAGAUCCAGAUCCAGGGCACUACUGCCACGGUCUCGGGGUUUAAAGACUACGUCACCGGAGCGAUGCCCGAUCUGAAUGCGCUGCUGGAGAGAGCAGACGGCAGCACCACAGAUGCCGAGAUCCUGAAGACCGUGCAGUGGGUGUGGCACGACAGAGACAGCUCAGCGGCAACCCCGUACCCGCCUGAGGCCACAGUGUUAAUCGAAACCGCCUGGAGGAUGAAACAAGACAAGCUCGACAUCCUGUUCAACAACCAGCCGUAUACCAUUGACUUUGCCAAGAUGCAGGAGUUCAGCGUGUCGUCUGGACGAUCCGUGACCAUCUCACGGAAGCUGCCUAGCUCUCUUGACCUGUACUCCGAUUUCCAAGAAAAUUACAGUCUGCUGUCUGGCAUGCCAGACACCCAGAGACUUGAGAAAGGCUCCACAGAGUAUAACGAAGUUGCUGCAGAAUUCCUAAGGAGCAUUUCUGAACCUGUCCAAGUCAUCCAGGUGGAGAAGCUGACGAACCAGCUGCUGUUCAGACAGUACCAGCUGAAAAAGGCGGACAUGGAGCAGAAGUUUCGAGGUGAUGUGGAGCGAACGCUUUACCACGGCACUAAUGAGAGCAGCGUGAAGGAAAUCUGCAUCCACGGCUUCAACAGGAGCUUCUGCGGCAAAAACGCCACAGCGUUUGGACAGGGCGUGUACUUCGCAGUGGAUGCCUCGUACUCAAUCUCAGACACCUACUCUCCUCCCAAUGCUGACAAACACAAAUUCAUCUUCGUAGCCCGGGUUCUGACGGGAGACUUCAUCCAGGGGAAACAUGAAAUGCGCACGGCGCCGCUUAAAGAGGGCUCAGACAUCCCGGUACGCUACCACAGCGUAGUGGACAACGUGAACAAACCCAGUCUGUUCGUCAUCUUCAACGACACGCAGGCGUACCCGCAGUACCUCAUCACCUGCAUGAAGGGUCCCGGGUGACAACCACGACACGCUUCCGUCUCCACAUCUCAUCUGCAUGAUUCACACUUCUGAUU